GAAUCAACAGAAGAGGCAAAAUGUUUGGAAAAUAUUUUCACCGCUCUCCUCAUUUUUAAAAUCUAAACUAUUCAAAAACGCUCAGAACCCGCUCUCUCACCUGCUUGCUUCCCGCCUCUUCCCAACCUUUUUUUCGGAUUUUUAAUUUCCAAUCUGCAACUACACCCUCAAAAAACCCUAGCAGAUCUUCAAUUCAGCUAAACAAUUUCAUCAUUCUCCCAUUUUUAUAAGGGUUUUUAAUUAGUGGGUUUAGUCCAGUUUUUGUUAAAAACUAUUUGGUGAAUUGGGUUUGUCUUAGUUUGCAUUAAAGUUGGUUACUUUUAAAAAUGAGUGGAGAUAAUUUCACUGAAGCAGUUCCUAAAAAGCGUGCUGUAUUAGGAGAUGUUACGAAUCGGCCUCUUAAACGAGGCUUCUCGUCGAUUUCAGACGAUUUAGGGGUUAAAUCAAGAGAUGGGUAUGCUAGAAAAGUAGUUUCGGAAGGCGAUAGGGAUUCGCUUGUUGCUAAGAAAAAAGUUUGUUUAGGAGUUGAGAAUUCGGUCAAUGAGAAAUGUAAACAAACGAUUAAUGUUAGUAGUGAAAAGGGUCUGUUUCUUGAUGAAGAAAGUCAAUCUCGUGAUUCGUCGCAUACUGAUACGGAUAAUGAGAGUAAAGAAACAUCGAACAUGUUAGAGAGUGGAGUCAAUUUACUUAAGAAUGUUGGAGAAUUUGGGGAUGCGUCGAGAGAUGAUAAUAGCUGUGAAUCUAUUGGUUCGAUGUCAAGCAAAAAAGUUACUAAUGAUGAUAAUGUUAAUGACGGCGGUGAAGGAGGACUCUUUAUUGAAGAGAAGCAAAGUAAUUCUGGAGGUCAUGUUUGUACGAGUGUUGUUGAUAAGGAUCCUGAUGGCAUUAAGUUGGGUACUAGUGGACAAUGUGGGACAGUUGAGUGGCCAAAAUUGCCCAUGUCACGGGGUAGUUCCAGAUCGUUUGAAUUGGAUAGGUGUACAGCUCUUAAGCGUGAUGGUUGUGCUAAUUUGAGUGCAGGUGCUGACUUGCUGAAAGCUUGUUCGUGUUCCUUUUGCUUGAAAGCUGCUUAUAUUUGGGCAGACCUCAAUUAUCAGGACGUCAAAGGGCGAAUAGCUGCAUUGAAGAAGAGUCAGAAAGAAACUAGCAUCUUGGUAAACAAAUAUGCCAGGGGAAAGCAGACUGACGUUCUUGGCCAAGCAAAUUCUGGAAAAUCCUCACAAUUAGAAUCUGACCUUACAUCUCAGUGGAGGUCUCUCUUUCAUCACAUGGAGGACAUAUUUGUUCACGAAAGCAAUCAGCUUCAAGGCGGGUUUGUUGCACUGAAAGAUUUGAGAGAGCACUGCAAAAUGGACCUAGAGAAGAUCAAUGAGACUCCUUCUGACAAAUACUAGUUGUCUUUUAUUCCUCUGAUGGAUAUAAGGCUUUUAGCGCAACUCUAGCAACGCACCAAAAGCGUUCAUGUAUGUGCAAUUGUGCAUGUGUACACCUGCUUGUUAUUUAGAAACUUCAUUGUAAGUUUUCUUACUGCAGGUAAUAGCUGUAAUCUAUAUUACAUACUGCAUCAAUAAUUUAAUCUCUUUGAUUGCAGUUGCGAACUCACUGUCUGCAUGAGCAAAAAUUUCUAUUGUGAAGAAAAUUUAUGUAGCUUUUCUUAACA